AUGUCCGGAGCCAUCCCCACCAGCACCUCGGUCACCGAGUCGACCGUCAUCAAGGCCCCUCUCUCUCACGUCUGGCACUUCAUCAAGCUCCAGGACUUCAACAAGUUCUGGUCUGCUCUCGACAAGGCCGAGCACUCCAAGGGCACCUCUGACGAGACGGACAUUGUCAAGUGGCAGUUCAAGGACGGCACCGUCAUCGAGGUCAAGCAGGAGGAGCACUCUUCGCUCAACCACUACAUCACCUACUCGGUCAUCACCGCCAACCCCGCCCUGAGCUACACCUCUGUCGUCAGCACCAUCCGCUGCUACGCCGUCACCUCUGGCGAGAACGAGAACAGCACUUUCGUCCAGUGGACCGCCAACUUCUCGUCUGACGCCGAUGCUGGUGUCAUCGAGGACGCCAAGUUCAAGCGUCGUGAGGCCCUCGCCGACCUCGCCAAGGCCGCCAAGCAGAUGUAA